AUGUCCGCCGGACGAGAUCCCUUACAGUCAGGGGUCGCCACAGCCCAGAAACAUCACGCGUCUUCUCCCACCGAAACCUGUUCCAUUGCGGAUUCGGAGGAGAGUCGAUCGGGGAUGAGUGACACCGGCAACAACCCGGAGAGCAACCCGGGCGGGACUGCGAACUAUGAAGCUCAAGCACUCCAUCCGACCUGCUUCAUCCUGCAGCCACCACCUCUACCCGCUGAAGCCUGUCCCGUCGCGGAUUCAAACGACCCGGACAAUGGUCAGGAGAGCGAUGCGGAUGCCUACCGCCCUCCCGUCCAGACCCCUACCUAA